CCGUGCAACCUUCCUACAACUCAGAUCAUCAACUCCUUCUUUCUUCUUCUCUUCCUGCCAAAUCACUUCAACAUGGCGAGGCAGCUGGAAGAUGUGUACUGCACGCUGCUUAUGAGCGACUCGUAUCUCCCAGGAGCUAUUGUCCUCGCGCAUUCCCUUCGCGAUGCCGGUACCAAGAAGAAGCUUGCAGCUCUCAUCACUCUGGAUACAUUAUCUUCCGAUACGAUAACAGAACUCCGUCCUUUGUACGACUAUCUUAUCCCCGUCGAGCGUAUCCGUAACCCUUCUCCUUCAAACCUCUAUCUUAUGGGUCGUCCGGACCUCGUCUUUUGCUUUACCAAGAUCGCCCUCUGGAGACAAACACAGUUUCGAAAAAUUGUAUACCUCGACGCUGAUGUUGUUGCUCUCCGCAACUUGGAUGAGCUUUUCGACAUCGACGCUCCGUUUGCUGCUGCUCCCGAUACCGGUUGGCCCGAUGCAUUCAAUACCGGUGUAAUGGCAUUGACUCCAGAUAUGGGUGACUACUGGGCACUCAAGACUAUGGCAGCCGCUGGGGACAGUUUUGAUGGAGCUGACCAGGGCUUGUUGAACCAGUAUUACGAACACAAGAAUUGGCAUCGCCUGAGUUUCACAUACAACUGCACACCAAAUGCACAAUACCAAUGGGAGCCCGCAUAUCGAUACUACAAGAGAGACAUCAGCGCUGUACACUUUAUUGGCACAGACAAACCAUGGAAAGCUGGACGAGAAUCUCAUGGUGGUUAUGGUGUCUACAAUGAGCUUCUCGCACGAUGGUGGGCGGUCUAUGACAAGCAUCUCAAGCAGUCCUCAGCCGCUUCUACGUCUCAAUCUGAAAAGCGGUCUUCAGUGGUGGUUCAGCAACAUGUGCAGGGUGAGAAGAGUGCUGAUGCAAGCACCGCAACUCCCCAGCACAUUUCUGAUCCCCCACCCCCUGUACCUGAGAUCGUAAUGCAACCUGAAGCCCCUGUCACCUCCACUGAGCAACCUCUUUCCGAACCAGGAGAGGUAUCAGAAAAUAUUGACCAAGGUGUGAUAGAGCCAACUCCGACUGCUGAGCAACGCAGGUUCUCGGCCCCGCAAAUGGAAUGGGAUGCAACCAAGUUCGAGCCGCCGACCGACGCGAAACCAGAGGCUGCAAAUUUCCCUACCGAAACAUACGUCUUCAGCCAAAGCCAUCAACUGUUUAGCGCUCCAAAAUCGUAUCCCGAACCUCCAAAAGACAUGUGGUAUAAAGUUCCUGAGGAAAAGCCCAAGCCUGCUGAGAAACCCAAACCCAUCUUUCCGUGGGAGCGGCAAGACGACAGACCAAAACCCACGCGGGUGUUCGUGGAAGACCUCCCCCCAGAACCUGAACCAGAACAUGCGCCGUCACCAGUGCAUACAUUCUCCACUGUGCACUUUGAGCAAUCACCCGAAGAAGACGUAGCGCCUGGCCUGAACGGUCCCGGGCGAGCUACUUCGCCAAAAACUGCUGACGAGUCAUGGCAGGCUUUCCAGGAAAGUAAUGCAAAUGCCUGGGACAGCGUGCCAGGAAUUGACACAUACGUCCGUGCUAUCUUUGAGAAUCAAACUCGACGAGGUCAGACGCAGGUUCUCACCAAUCACGCUGAUGCGGAAGACGUCAUGUCCCCUACCAACGAUCGUAGCAACCGCCGGGAGAGCCUGCUCAUCACCGAUUUUCCGUCCGCUAUCGAACGUCCAAGUCUUCCCGUAACUCCCGCGCCUGUUCGAAGACCGACAUUUUGGGGUGAGGAGAGGGAUGACCAGGGAGAGCUUCCUCAAGCCGAAGGCGUUCCGCCGCAAGCUGAAUGGAAUCCCCAAGCUAAGCUCGAUGAGUUACGGCGCUCCUCGGUCAUCGAAUUCGAGCACCUCAAGUCACCUGAUCACCCAGUGCCACCGCUCAGAUCCCUGCCAGAACACUCUGUUGCUACUCCGGAGGUCAGAGUUUCCCCUCCCGAGACUGCUCCUUCCGAGACUGCUGCACCCGAAGACGAGGCUGUGCCGAUUACAGCUCCUAUCUCAACCGACGACAAGCCAAUGUUUAGGGAACCCAAUUUUGGGGCGGAUGGUGCCAAUGACCAUGACAAAUUGCCGCCCAGAGAAGAAGACCUCAGUCCUCUUUCGACAAAAGCAAACCCCUUGGCUGCCAUUUGAUCACUGCUUG